AUGGUGAUGAUCAGUCGAUCUCACCGUGUCUACGAUAAAGCUCGUAAAUGGGUUCUGGAUAUUUUCAUCAAUCGUCUCGGAUCUGAGUUAAUCGCAGUCCAAAGGCAUCAUAAGCAGAUCAAAGAAAUUAAGGACAAUAGAGCUGAUAUCCAUAUGAGGGUAAGGUGGGCUUCUGAGGGAAAAUGCAAAUCCAGGAGAGGGCAGUCAACACACAAGCUCAAAGGACAUGAAAUCACAUGGGAGUGCGAGAGGUGGAUCCGUACUUCUUGGCUAUGUGUUUUAACUGUUCAAAAUUAUGUGUCUGCGCUAGAUCUACACAACGACCCCAAACUUGCAUCGUUGAGUGAGCUCAUGUUAAUUGCUUUAACUUCCAGCGUAGUGUAG